AGACGCGCCGCUUGAGGCGGAACUGUCAUGGCUGCGCCUAUGUGUAGUCACGGGGUUCUGUUCGAAGGACAGUCCACAGCAUGUGCUUUUUUUUUUUUAGAAAGACAGCAACUUGCGUUGCAUCUUGGGUAUUUGAAAGUGUGCCAGUAGAUAGCAGAAUGAAUAGCAAAGCACGUUCGUUGUUAUGGACCAUCCGACGAUUCAGUACGUUACUUCCAAGAAGCAGAGCUUUGAGGAUAGAUCCAUUGGGAUCUUGCAGACCAGAGGUUAUUCAUUCAAAAUGGAACCCAAGAAACCAUCGGCUAAAUGUUUUUGAUGAGGGAUUGCAACCAUCUGUUAGAUACCUCUUUCAGGAUAUAUUUAUUUCUAAAUCAGUACAUGGUUGUAUUCAAACUAAAGGCAUAAGCCAUUCAGCCGUUUUUAAACCUGAUAGGAUACUUUGUCCUAGAACACUGUCCUUUGACGCAAAACAUUCUUUUGCCUCUGAUGGGACAUCUGAUCAUGAUUUAAAGAAAAUAAAUUUUCAUCAUACCUCCAGUGAAGAUGUGUUCACCAAGAAAGUAAGACCAACCCCUGUGAAUUAUAAAAAGCUGGCCCAGGAGUGUAACUCUCUGAGUGAUGUGCUGGACACAUUUUCAAAAGCACCUACAUUUCCUGGUAGUAACUAUUUCUUAGCAAUGUGGAUAAUUGCCAAAAGGAUAUCUGAAGACAAGAGGCGCUUUGAGAGACAGUUGAUGUUCAGUCACCCUGCCUUUAACCAGCUGUGUGAGCAGAUGAUGAGAGAAGCCAAGAUUAUGCACUAUGACCACCUCUUGUUCAGCCUUAAUGCUGUAGUGAAGCUCGGAAUCCCUCAGAACACUCUUAUGGUACAGACUUUGCUGAGGACGAUUCAGGAGCGCAUCAAUGAGUGUGAUGAGAGAUGUCUUUCAAUUUUGUCAACCGCUUUAGUGUCAAUGGAGCCAUGCAUGAAUGUGAAUGCGCUUCGAGCAGGGCUGCGAAUCCUAGUUGAUCAGCAAGUUUGGAACAUAAAACAUGUCUUCACCUUACAAACAGUGAUGAAAUGUAUUGGGAAAGACGCACCAUCUGCACUUAAGAAGAAAUUGGAGAUGAAAGCCUUGAAGGAGUUAGGCAGAUUUUCCGUCUUGAAUAGCCAGCACAUGUUUGAAGUCUUAGCUGCUAUGGAUCUCCGCUCUGUUGUCCUUCUGAAUGAAUGCAGUAAGGUUGUCAUAGAUAAUGUCCAUGGGUGUCCUUUUAAAGUAUUGAUCAGCAUACUGCAGUCCUGUAGAGACCUCCGAUACCAAAAUGAAGAUCUCUUCAAAAGCAUAGCAGAAUAUGUGGCUACAACCUUUGACAUCUGGAAGUUGAAACAAGUUAUCUUUUUCCUCUUAUUAUUUGAAACCCUUGGUUUUCGACCUCCUGGUUUGAUGGACAAGCUUAUGGAGAAAGUAGUACAGGAGCCUGGCUCUCUAAACGUGAAGAACAUCGUUUCUAUCCUGCACGUGUAUUCUUCUCUCAAUCAUGUUCACAAAAUCCACAACAGAGAGUUCCUAGAAGCUCUGGCGAGUGCUCUGACUGGCUGUCUUCACCACAUUUCUUCUGAAAGCCUGUUGAAUGCUGUGCAUUCAUUUUGCAUGAUGAAUUAUUUUCCCCUGGCCCCUAUUAACCAGCUUAUCAAAGAGAAUAUCAUCAACGAACUGCUGACUUCAGGCGACACAGAGAGGAAUAUUCAUAAGCUUCAUGUUUUGAAUGCUUGUCUGAAACUUGAUGAAAGUCCUUACAAAUCUAUGCACAUGCCUUUGCCACGGCUGCCACUGUCAGCAUCACAGCCAGACGAGAAGCUUGCAGAGGUCCUCAGCAGGCUUCUGGAAGGGGAAGGACGCUUCUCGAGAAAUGUGCCAUUGCCACAUAAUUAUCACAUUGAUUUUGAAAUCAGAAUGGAUACUAACAGGACCCAAGUAUUUUCAUUUUCUGAUGUAGAUGCAAGUUCUGCCACAAACAUGCAGAGAGUAGCAGUGCUGUGUGUUCCUAAGUCUGUUUACUGUUUAAAUUCAUGCCACCCCAGAGGAUUGAUGGCCAUGAAAAUCCGACAUUUGAAUGUAAUGGGCUUCCAUGUGAUCUUGAUCCAUAACUGGGAGCUGAAGAAACUAAAGAUGGAAGAUGCGGUCACAUUUGUGAGGAAGAAGAUCUAUUCAGAUGAAGCACUUCCCACUACUGAUACAACUGUGUAAAGCUUGGAUUAAAUAAGACAUUUAUCAGAACACACAGUUGUAAAAUGAUUUUAAUAAAGGCUGUGGUUCAGUUA